UUUAAGGCAUAGAAGUAAGCAGUCUCUGUGAAGACACCAUGCCUUCCUCGGACAUUGGUCGUUUCUCACCUUGGGAUUAUGUUGUGUUUGCUGCAGUUUUGCUGAUUUCAGGAGCUAUUGGGAUCUAUUACGCCUUUGCAGGAAGAGGGAAGACUACAUCAACAGAAUUCCUGACAGGAGGAAGAAGUAUGACAGCAUUACCUGUGGCUCUUUCCCUCACAGCCAGCUUCAUGUCUGCAGUGACCGUCCUUGGAACUCCAUCUGAUGUCUAUCGCUAUGGAGCAAUGUUCAGCAUCUUUGCUAUAUCGCAUGCACUAGUAGUGAUUAUUUCUGCAGAAAUCUUCCUUCCUGUGUUUUAUAGACUUAAUAUAGCCAGCACAUAUGAGUACUUAGAACUUCGAUUUAACAGAUCUGUUCGGAUACUUGGAACAGUCAUUUUCAUCAUAGAAAUGAUAUUAUAUACAGGCAUUGUUAUAUAUGCACCUGCUCUGGCAUUGAAUCAAGUGUCAGGAUUUAAUCUUUGGGGAGCAAUGAUUGCAACUGGAUUAGUGUGUACUUUCUACUGCACACUGGGUGGUCUAAAGGCUGUAAUCUGGACAGAUGCUUUCCAGAUCAUCAUUAUGUUGGCCGGUUUUAUAGCUGUCAUCAUUAGAGGUGUAGUAGUGCAAGGUGGAAUACAGACAAUCAUCAAUGAUUCCUACUACGGUGGGAGGCUGAACUUCUGGGACUUUGAUCCACAUCCAUUUCGGAGGCACACAUUUUGGACAAUUGUAAUUGGUGGAACUUUUUUGUGGACUGGAAUUUAUGGGGUUAAUCAGACUCAAGUGCAAAGAUACAUUGCUUGUAAGAGCAAAUUUCAAGCAAAAUUGGCUCUUUACAUUAAUCUGAUAGGAUUAUGGGCAAUUCUUGCUUGUGCUGUGUUGUCAGGCCUUAUUCUUUUCUCAGUAUAUAAGGACUGUGACCCUUGGACCUCAGACCGUGUAUCUUCUCCUGACCAGCUCAUGCCAUAUUUAGUGCUUGACAUUCUUCAGAACUAUCCUGGAGUGCCUGGACUCUUUGUGGCCUGUGCAUAUAGUGGCACUUUGAGCACAGUGUCAUCAAGUAUCAAUGCACUGGCUACAGUAACUAUAGAAGACCUGAUAAAACCAUACACCAACCUCUCUGAAAGAAAGCUGUCAUGGCUGUCAAAAGGAAUGAAUGCCUUUUAUGGAGUACUGUGUAUCGCGAUGUCAGCCCUUGCAUCUAAAAUGGGAAGUGUGGUCCAGGCUGCAAUGUCCAUAUUUUCUAUGGUUGGAGGGCCCCUUCUUGGAUUGUUUUGUUUAGGAAUGUUUUUACCGUUCUGCAAUUCUUUGGGAGCUAUUGUGGGACUGCUUGUUGCGUUUUCUAUAUCUUUAUGGGCUGGAAUAGGAGCUCAGAUCUACCCCCCACUACCUGAGAGUAGCAGACCUCUACCUCUUUCGACUGUUGGUUGUAAUUUCAGUGACACAGUUAACAUCACGUCUGUUACUGAAAUGACAGUAACAACAUUUGUCACAGCGGUACAAGCUGAAACCAUUGAGAGGCCAGUGCUUGCUGAUUAUUGGUAUUCUUUAUCGUACUUAUACUUCAGCAUCUUGGGGACCCUUUUGGUUUUCAUUGUUGGUGCAGUUGUUAGUCUUCUGUCAGGCGGAUGGAAACAAAACAUAAAUCGUGACUAUCUCUUUGGAAGACAAGAUUGUGUACUUGUAGACAUGCUCCGCUGCUUUAAGACCAACAAGAAAGAAAAUAUUGAAGUUUUAGAAUGGAAGUCACAUCCCGGUGAAGGACACGACAAUCCCACUUUUUCACAGGAUGAUAUUAGUUUAUCUCAAGUGAAAUGAGGAGCAAUGCCUGGAGGACUGUCAUAUUUGUGUAUAUUAGUUAUUUGAACUGACACUAAAAAGGGUUAAUCCUCUUGACAUCCUCUGUAACAUUGAAGAUUUUUUUUUUGCUCAUUUGGUGCCUAGGGACUAGAUAAGUCUUGUAUAUACUGUCUAAUAAUAACAAAAACUUUUGGGUUGUCCCCAUGAAAUCUUCUACAAACAGCUGAGAAUGGUAGAAAAUAUAGAAGAACUUUAUAGUUUGGAGGGCACUCAAUCAACUGGUGUCACAUGGAAAAAAUGAGGCUAAGGGUACUUUCACACUAGUGUUUUUCUUUUCCCCUGCGUUGAGUUCCGUCCUAGGGGCUCAAAGCCGGAAAAGAACUGAUCAGUUUUAUC